AUGCCUCGCCCCAAAGUCCCCGAAAGCCAGCGCCAGCGAGCUGCCGAGGCUUGCAGAUUCUGCCGUGAAGCCAAGAAGAAGUGCAGCGGAAUCGCACCUUGUAAUCAAUGUGUUCGUCGAGGGCUCGAGCCAGACUGCCGUAUGACAUAUCUACCACGCGGCUCAAGGACAAAGAAAAACUCGAAUGCCAGAGCUACCAAUGCUGUGGGACGGAGAUCACGCGCAUCUUUCGAGCACGGAUAUAUUACAAGGUCAACUACUUCUGUCGGGUCACCAAAUACUUCGUCGCGACGCCACGAUGAUAAUGACGUGGAACAGACCUCAAGUUCAUUUCCAAUCUCUCCUUCAGUCUCUCGGCAGGAUUUCGGAGAACCCAGAAGCGGUGCGCACCAAAGUCCCAUGACGCCUCCUCGCGAAUCCCUAAUCGGCGAUGAUUUUCCAGCAGAGUCCUCAUUACUGGCCAACCGAUGCAGAUUAUUGCGUAGCGUGCGUGGUGAACAAGUAUUUGUUGGAAGCGCUGCAGCAAUCUCAUUCCUUCAAACAGUUCGUCAGGUUGUUGUGAGACAAAUCGGUCCCUCAUCUUUUUCCCACAAUGAUGGAAUGGAAAUGAUGCUCGAAGCCGAGUCUCCGGAGGCAAGGCGCUCGAUCUCAGGAGAUGAGACUGUAGAUCUGGGUACACAACAACGGCUUGAUUAUUCGAAUUUUUACUAUACAACUACGGAAGGUCUCAUCGACGUCCUGGACUCUGAUGAUGAAAAGCGAUUGCAAUGCUUAACUCACGACAUUUCUACUGAGAAAAACUCUUCUAGAGCCGAAAAAUACCCAACUCAUUCCUCAGAUGCCAUCAGAGACGUGGUAAUGGCAAUUGGGGCGCAGUGCUGCAGCGCACCAGAAGCUCAACAUCACAGCUUUACCUUUUUCCGCAAAGCACAGCGUCAAGCCUUCUCUGGCUUGUUAGAAGACCCAGACUUGGACAUGGUGAGGGUAUUUCUGCUCAUGGCAUUCUACAUGUUAGGAAAUUGUCGCAGAAAUACAGCCUACAUGUACAUAUCCAUCGCUGCAAGGGCUGCACUGGCUCUGGGACUUCACAGUCAAAUUAUUUAUACACGUGAGCCCAAGUCGCAUCAGUGUGACGUUCUUAGAUCGAGAGUCUGGAUAAGUGUCCGCAUUCUAGACAAGCUUGUCAGCUCUCUCCUGGGCCGGCCAGCCGCCACAGCAGGCACUGAUGCUAGGCCAGUAAUCGGAGGCUUAGCACCAGAUUGCAACUACGGAACAAAGUACCUUGAUGCGACUUGCGGCAUUGUUGAAAUCAUCAAUAACAUCAACAAUACACUAUACCGCGGCAAAGAUAUCAAGGUUUCCGUCGUGGAACAACUACUAGUCAAUAUUGAUGGCUGGAAAAGAGAUCUCUUCAUACCCCUUGGGUGUGCAGAACAGCCUCAAAGUCCUCAGAAGGAUCCAAUCAAGGAUAAUCGAGUGGCGAUUGCCAAAAUCCACGUAUCUUGCUUGUAUUACUUUGCUGUCACGCUCGCGACACGGCCGACUUUUAUUUCUUCCCUCAACAGCCAGGCGGGGAACAAGAUCCGCCAUCCACCACUGGCCACGGCUUGUAUUGAAGCCGCUGCGUAUCUGGCACAAACUUGUGCCGAUGCGCUCAAGAUAGGACUGCUUCAGCGAAGCAUGUGCAUUUUGAAAGCUUUAGUAUUUUCCGCUGGAUUAAUACUUGGCGUAGAAUGUUUCGCAGAGGUCAUCAUAGAUCUUGAUACCGACCGAGCAUUCCAAGGAGCUAUGGAUGUCUUAAGUUUUCUUGCUAGCCAAAGUCCCCAAGCUGCACAUUAUCUCGAGAUCUUGACAUCGCUGGCAAACGCCAUCGCAGAGCGUCGGUCAAAAUCAAACCCCGUUGAAAGGAGUGGAUAUGUUUCAAGGCUUUUCGAAAUGGAAAGUCUGGGAAGCGUUAGCACCAACAAUCAGGAAGGAAGCGUGGAAGAUGAGCCGUCUUGGGCUCCAACGAGGGAAGUGACUGACCAAGGAUCCUUCGACGUCUGGCCAGGAGUCGACGGGGGUUUAUUGAACUGGAGUGAACUACAGUUUGACGAUAGCGACUUGCAUAUUGAUUGGCAAAGCUUGAGUGUAUUUUGA